AUGAAGAGGGUCUUUACCCUUGCUGAGCCUAAACUGGACUGGGGCACUAUGGCGGAAGUGCACCCGCUGGUUUGGCUGGGUAUGCUCAGCAUCCUGAGUAAAGUUAUGUUAGGAGCCCUGGGGGUGAGUCCUCUCCCAGUUACGGUAGUCAUGCUCCAGCUCAAUAUUUUUGGUAUGGAGAUGUUCAUAUUUCUCAGACAUCUUAGCGUCGCUGGCACGGAGGAGCUCUACCUCUGCUUGGAGGUUGGCAUCUACUGA